GCUCGACCCAAAAUUCUCACCGUCCUCACUGUAUUCGUAACUUCACCCAGCUUCACCCGCACUCUUUCUUUUGUGACAAUAUUAGUUCAUUGAAUCCUGUCUUCACUCAUCUUACAUCUCCUGGAUGCUCAAAUCAUCCAUUCGCCACAAACCGAUCCUGCAUGACUUCAAUAUCUAGAACCUCAAGAAUUAUUAGUACUAAAGAAGCUGCUGAUAGCUCAAAUAUUGUGGUGUCGAGCUCGUGCAAAUCCAGGCCUAUCAAAUCAAAUAAGGAGGCCAUACGAUCUACACAUGAAAAAGGUGGUCGCACAGGUGCAAGAACCCGUACUCCCGUUUGGAUCCCUAAAGGAAGCAGGAGAACGCGAAAUUGUAAUCCCAACUUGCGCCCGAAACCCUGACAAGGUGCAAGAACCCGUACUCCCGUUUGGAUCCCCGAAGGAAGCAGGAGAACUCGAAAUUGUAAUCCCAACUUGCGCCCGAAACCCUCAAGUCUGUAGGUACUUUGGGUAUGGUUUCUGUGAAUGGGGUAAACGAUGCCGUCGUAUACAUCAUUUUGACACGCGUAACGAGGUGAACCGAAGGAUACUACAAAAUGUUUUCAAGGACGACCCUCCUAAAGUAGUUCCCACCAAAGCGAAUGUCAACGAAGCCUGUCGCCUCUAUAUCGAAGGUCGCUGUAACCUUGGCUGGCGUUGUCGUCGUAUCCAUCUAAUUCCUCUAUCCCGCGCGUUCACCGACGUCGAUGCGUCAAACUCGCCCGAAAGUGAGCUCGAAGAUGAUCUCAUUGUUAAAUUGCCACCUUCUUCAAAGCCACUAUUACCACCUACAACCUGCCUCAACGUGCCAACUGACACUCAACUUUCACAAUCCUUAUCGGGUCAGUUCAUGCUUGACCUGGGGUCGCACCUAUGGCUCAAAGCCUCUAAGGUUGUGGAGCUUCCUGAGCCCGAAAGGUGGGGAUGUGAAACAGAUGCAAGUACAUGGCUGGACACCGACAGCGACACCUCUGAAGGAUCUAAUUCUUUGGACUCUAGUACCUCGUCAUUAGAGGCGAGUGCUCAAGUCAAGCAUCCGCCUCCUAGGAACUCCGAAACAUGUAGGCGAUGGCUGAAAGGAUGCUGUGAACGAGGCUAUAGCUGCCCAUAUGUGCAUAAAGACCUCGAAUAUGACAAAUCUCCGUUUGAGCCUCGACCUACUGCCCCAACGUUUUAUAUGGCUACUAUACAUGACCAUAUUCGAGUCAAGUUUGGCGCUGGAUUCAGUGUUCAAGAAGUCAUCACUGGUUUUGAAACUCCGUGGCUAUAUGUUAACAAUAUUCCAUCCAAUGUAUCGCAGGACGAAGUUACACAACUUCUCUCAAAGCAUGGUACAGUGCAGGACUUCCGUUCAGAAACUGGUAACCAACGAGGAACCCUGCGAGUACGUGUGCGUUUUUCCAGUGACAUCGAAGCGCGGAACGCAAACAUCAUUCUCAAUGGGACACGGCAAUGGGGAUCUCUCAUCUCAACUCAGCUUCCUGUGAAUACCGCUCAUGGCCGUGGUGCAACGCUUCAGAAUACUGCUGUUCGGAUUGAAUGGGAAGCACCUAGCAUUAUUGGGUAUGCUGGGUACCCUACCGAGGAACGAGCAAAGGAGGCCAUCGCUAUCGCUAAGACUGCAUACUCUGAAACUUACAUUUCUGCUCACAUGUAUUCCGGACUACCUCAGAUGGCUGCAUACACUGUCCGUUUUCUCAAUCUCCCUGUUCAUACCAAAAAAGAACAGAUGAGAAAAUAUUCAAAACCUCUAGAUAUGAUGUGGGACGUGCCAAAUUAUACCUCGGUUGACGAGGUGGCCACAUUUCUGCGUCGUAGACUAGAAUCGAACGGAAUUGAUAUCAUCAGCUUCGAGGUCCUACCUCCACCAUACCGCGAUGGCCGGGUCAGAGCCUGGGUCCAUUUCCUCGCACCCGUUGCUGCCAAGGCUGCGUGCCAGCUUCUUCACCUCCGUAAACCAAUGUGCACGGGCAGAACUCGUAUAUUUGCAUACCACGUGCAAUCCCUUUCCUACUCUAUUCUACUUGAGCAUUACAAGAAAAUCCAGGACGACAUUCUACUUUUCCGUGAAAGGCUACGGCGCGAAGUUCAGGGAACGACUUUUACAGUCAUUCCCGGCGCGUCAUCCGUUACCAUUCGAUUAUCUGCUAUCGAUGGAAAGGAUCUUGGCAAUUUAAAGGCCGAGUUCGAACAUCUUCGCGGAGGUGAAGUUGUGAAGCAUGACGGCGAGGUGCUUUGGGAUCGAUUUUUUGGUCUCCCUGCAGGAAAGUCUUAUCUCAGGAGGCUCGAGAUUGCUCAUCUUGGAAUUGCAAUUCGAGAGGAUGCUAUGAGACGGCGGCUCACGCUGUUUGGACAAUCCGCUCUUCGAGAGGAGGUUAAAGCUGCUUUGACCGAAAAGCAUAAUGAACUUUUGGUAGCAGAGAAGCGAUGUCUUUUCCUUGGACCUCUUAUUGGACCAUUCAUACAUUCUGAACUCGGAUCUCUUUCCCAAAGGCUGGGUCCUGAGAAAGUUGUUCUGGAUAUGUGGAACCGUCAGUUGGUAGUGAGCGGUAAAGAUCAUGAUUUUCGUGUCGCUCUGCAGGCUGUUCAAAAAAUUCAACGCAGACAGCAUCCCCAUUUGCAACGCGACGUUGCAUCUUGUCCUGUCUGUCUUGGGGAGGUUGAUUGUCCAGUCACUCUUCCCCAGUGCAAGCACAGUUAUUGCCGUGCUUGCUUAAUCAGCUAUCUUCAAGCCGCGAUUGAUGGUAGAUUCUUUCCGUUAACAUGCUUGGGUAACGACGACAAUUGUUCAAGUCCCCUUUCGAUCUCACUCGCGCGUCAAGUCCUUUCGUCAGGUGAAUUUGACUCACUAAUCGAGGCCGCUUUUGAAGCGCAUAUCCACGAACGUCCCGAAGAAUUCCAUUAUUGCCCCUCUCCUGACUGCAUGCAAGUCUACCGACCGGCUCCCAGUGGCAACAUCUUGCAGUGUCCGUCAUGUCUGCUUCGCAUAUGUCCACAAUGUCACGUCGAACAGCACGACGGAUUUGAGUGCCCCGAUCGUGAUGGUGGGGACCACCUAUUCAAUGAGUGGGCAAGAACUCAUAAUGUGAAAAAUUGUCCUUCGUGCCGGGUCCCUAUUGAACGAGCGGAAGGAUGCAACCAUGUUACUUGUAUUCGCUGUCGGACUCAUAUCUGCUGGGUUUGUAUGCAAACUUUUCCUAGAGGUGAUGGUAUAUAUAACCAUAUGCGCGCUGAGCAUGGAGGCAUUGGGAAUGCCUUCGACGAUGAUGGGCUAUGAACUUUACGAACCAUAUGCCAUGUUAGUAUCUAUCUCUUGUAUCUGUAUUUUAU